AUGGCUGCCGAGCUCAUACUUCUGACCGGAAGCACUGGUCAUGUGGGUUACCGAACAUUGAUUGAGGCUCUUUCCAAAGGCUACAGAGUUCGGGCUGCCGUUCGAUCUGAGAGCAAAGUUGCUGAGAUUAGGGGUGCCAAGUCUACUCAGCCAUACCUUGAUCAACUUUCCUUUGUCAUCGUCCCGAACAUCGAGAAGGAGGGUGCCUUUGACGAGGUCGUCAAGGGUGCGGAUUACAUCGUCCACAUUGCGUCGCCUUUGCCACGACCUUCCGACGAUGUCGAGGCCAACAUCAUCCAACCUGCCAUCAGGGGCACGCUUAGCAUUCUGCGGUCGGCUCUGAAAGUGCCCUCGAUCAAACGAGUCGUCAUCACCUCCUCCGUGGCGGCUAUUUCUCCUGACGACAACUCGCAAGUUUACACCUCCGACCACGUCGAACCAGACCCCCAAGGCCCAUAUCCUCACGAUUUCGCGGCUUAUGUGGCCAGCAAGAAGCUCGCCUACAACCGCACCCGAGAGUUCAUCAGCAAGGAAAAUCCCCAUUUCGCCGUGAUCAACAUCAUGCCUACAUUCGUCAUCGGCAAGAACGAGCUUGCAACUACUCCCGAAGCCGUUAUCGCUGGCUCCAAUGCCCUUGCAUUUACUCCGCUCCUGGGAAGACAAAAUCCCAAUGGAAUGCCGGCAGCUACAUGUCACAUUGAUGAUGUGGCGUAUGUCCAUAUUGCCUCAUUAGGUCCCAAGGUCCAAGGCAACCAGAACUUUGGGGUCAACUACGACGUGAAUGGCGUCAAGUGGGACGAUGCCAUCGAUAUUGUCAAGAGACAUUUCCCUGAGGCUGUGGAGAAAGGUGUAUUUCCUCUCGGGGGCAGUCAAACUUCAUUGCCUAUGCCAUUUGAUGCAAGCAAGACCGAGGAAGUCUUCGGCAUCAAGUUCAAGAAUUUUGAGGAGCAGAUUGUGAGCCUCGCGGGCCAUUACAUCGAGGUAGCUACAGCGGCUUGA